AUGACUGAAUUUAAAUUAUCGUCAACAGAAUUAAAUGAAAUACAAAAUCAUGAUGAUUUCAGAGUGGUUUGGCUUUCUUUGAAUAAUAAUUUUCCGAAUGAAUUAGCAAAUUGUGUUGAUUACUUAGAGAAAUGCGAUUCGUUUGAACCUUGUGAUAACUAUGUAAAAGGUUUUCAAAGUGAACGUAUCAUCCUACUUGUUUUAAUCGACUUGUACGAAUACUUAUCGAAAUUCAAUAGUUUGCCUCAAAUUCAAUCAAUUUAUGUUUUUGAAAGAAAUCUUCGAAAUAUACGAUAUGAAGAACAAAAGGAUUCAAAACUGGUUGAAGUUUUUACAGAUGAACGAACAUUAAUUGAACGAUUACGUCAUGAUAUUUUAUUAACAUAUAGACAUGAUCUACCAAUAGCUAUUUCGCGUUUAAAUGAUACUAAAAGUGAACAAUCUUUAAUGAGUUUAGAUAAAAAUUCAUAUACACUUUUAUGGAAUCAAGUAUUAAUCUAUUGUCUUGUUAAUGAUCCUUAUACAGAUAUGGAUUGUUUGAAAAAAACUAUGAUAGAACAAUGUCGAUUAGAAUAUUCAAAUGAUCCAAUCGAAUUAGGCCGUAUUAAUGAUUUCGAAAAGACUUGUACACAAGACAAUGUAUUAUACUGGUAUACAUAA